GCUAGCUUCACAGAAAACCAAAAACAAGUGUGUUUGAGAUAAAUUAACAAUCGAGUACUAUAAGAAAAGUAGGGCAGAGAAAUGGCAAAAAGUUUGCAGCCAUUCUUGACUAACUAUAGUCCUGGACAGUAACAAUACCGUCCCAAAUUAUUUCAAUUCAGCCUCCUCACUCAUCGUCCUGCAAUCAAACACCAUGGAUCUGCGCUGGUCCCUUCUUGGCCUAGCGGCCUUUGCUUUAUUUGUGAAAAUUACUAGGUCCAAGGAUCGACCGGCAUCACCAAACAACAAGAACAACAUGGAUCUGAGCAAACCUCAAGUCGGAGCCUCUUCGUCUUCGUCUUCGUCUUCCUCCUCUUCUUCCACCCAUUCGUUCACACACGAUGUCUUUCUGAGCUUCAGAGGUCCGGAUACGCGCAACAAUUUCACCGGCCAUUUGUACCGCAAUUUGGUUCAGGAGGGAAUUAACACCUUCAUUGAUAAUGACCUUACAAGAGGAGAAGAUAUAACAAAGGAGCUUCUCGAUGUAAUUGAAGGAUCAAGGAUUUCCAUUGUUGUAUUUUCUGCCAACUAUGCGUCUUCGAAGUGCUGCUUGGAUGAACUUGUCAAGAUCUUUCAAUGUAAAGAAUCCAAGCAACAAAUUGUUUACCCAAUUUUCUACAAGAUAGAUCCGUCGGAGACACGGUACCAGAAGGGCCAGGUUGGUGAAGCAAUUGCUCACCUUAGCAAAUACAAGGGUAACUCAGAGAAGGUGGAGAGUUGGAAGGCAGCUCUUCAACAAGUAGCCAGUUUGUAUGGGUGGCAAAUCAAGGAUGGAGGGCAUGAAGCGAAUGUCAUUGAUGAAAUUGUUAAAGAGAUAUCAACCAAAAUAAUGAAAUGCACCCCUUUAAAUGUGGCAAAAUAUCCUGUUGGAAUAGAAUCUCGUGUAGAUGACAUAUGUAAGCAGUACUUAAAUGUAGGGCAAGACAAUCCUCACAUGGUAGGGAUAUGGGGAAUUGGCGGAAUAGGAAAGUCAACACUUGCAAAAGCUGUUUUCAAUUCAAUUAGCCAUGAGUUUGAACAUAGCUGUUUCUUGAGAAAUGUUAGAGAAGAAUCAUUUUCAUAUGGAGGUCUUGUCAAGCUACAAAACAUUUUUCUUUCUAAGAUUAUAGAGAGGAAUCCACCUAAGGUGAACAAUGUUGAUGAAGGAAUCACUGUGCUAAAGCAAAAACUAAGCCAGAAAAAGGUUCUCUUAGUUCUUGAUGAUGUGAACCACUUGGAUCAGCUAAGAGCACUUGCCGGAGGGUGUGAUUGGUUUGGCCAAAGAAGUAGAAUUAUCAUAACAACAAGGGAUACAAAUUUGCUAAGUGCUCAUACAGUCAAUUAUUCAAUAUAUGAGGUCAAGGAAUUAAAUCAUCAAGAAGCUUUGGAGCUCUUCAAUGUCAAUGCCUUCAAAGGAAAUAAAUGUAUGGAUGAUUUCUUUGAACUUGCAACUAAUGUAAUACGUUAUGCUAAAGGGAUUCCGUUAGUUUUGGAAGUUUUGGGGUCAGAUCUAUGUAGUAAAGAUAAGGAUGAGUGGAAAGAUGCAUUAGAGUAUUACAACAAAUAUCCUAACCAAGAUGUUCAGCAAACUCUCAAAAGAAGUUACGAGGGAUUGGAGGAUCGGAUGAAAGAAGUUUUUCUGCAUAUUGUAUGUUUCUUUAAAGGUUAUAAAGAAGGCUCUGUGAUCCAUGUACUACAAAGAUGUGACCUGAAUCCCAAGUAUGCUCUCAGAGUCCUCGUAGAAAAGGCCUUAAUAAAAAUUGAGAAAUACAAUAGGAUUUGGAUGCAUGACCUUUUAGAAGACAUGGGAAAAGAAAUUGUUCGGCAAGAGUCCCGUGAUGAGAUAGGACAACGCAGUAGACUGUGGCUAUAUGAGGAUGUUCGCGAAGUUCUUGAGGAAAACAAAGGAACAGAUAAAAUUAAAGGCAUCGUGUUGAGAAGAGAAGAGAUGUAUAGAGGAGACAUAAAGUUGAAUCGCGGAAGCUUCACAAACUUGAAAAAUCUUCAAAUUUUUAUAGCCGAUUCCAAUGAUGAUCAUAAUAAGAUACUUUGUGGAGAGGGCGUGGAUUAUUUCCCCAACAAGUUGAGGGUCCUUGACUUAAAUGGUUUCUCGCACAUGGGUGGGCCCUGCACGAAUUCACUAGGCGAGGGAUUGAAGAAUAUGCGGUAUUUGAAAUAUAUCAAAUUGUGGGACUGUUAUGGUUUAACAAGAAUUCCCGACUUGUCUGGAUUAACAAGCUUAGAGUAUUUGUAUCUGUCUGAUUGGCAUGAUUUAGUUGAAGUUCAUCCUUCGGUUGGCCGUCUCGAUAAGCUCGUCGUUUUGAAACUCAUCUGUUGUUUUAAGCUGCAUAUGUUUCAAGAGAGGAUCAACAUGAAAUCUUUGGAAACUCUGAAUCUCCAUUGGAGCUCGCUUAAGUUCUUCCCUGAAAUUGAGGGAGACAUGAAAUCUUUGAAUCGCCUGGAUCUAAGUCGCACUGACAUCAAAGAGUUACCUAGCUCAGUUGGAAAUCUCACUGGCCUUAAAUCCUUGUCUCUAUAUGAGUGUGAUAGUCUCAGGGAUAUACCAUCGAGCAUUUUCUAUGAAUUGCAAUGUCUGGAGAAGCUUGAUCUACGGAAAUGCUCUAACCUUGUUACAUUUCCAACAAAGUCAGAAUCACUUCCUCCUCCACCGGUCUUUUCAACUAACCUCACUUCCAGAUUACAAGUUCAUCUGAACGAUUGCAAGCGGCUUGAAGAAAUUUCAGAAUUUCCACGAGAAAUAGAUGGCUUAUAUGCGUGGGAUUGUCAGUCAUUGGAAAGAAUUUCAAAGUUGUCAAAAAUUUUGGGGGGUAAAGAUUCAAAAAUGUUCAGUGAGUUGGACUUGAUACGCUGCGAGAGACUCUGCGACAAUCUGGCUCGUGGAGUAGUAUCAGAGGUUGAAGUUGACAAGCGACUAUUUCAUCUGGCCCAGAAGAGAAACAAGAUGACAGAGGAAUCGACGGGAAAGGCAGACAAAUUGACGGCUCUGCUGACUCUUUUUUUCUCUUGUGCGAAAUCUGAAGAAUUCCAAGUACAAUUUCCCGCAAGUGCUCCGAUUCCAAACUGGUUCACCUGCCGUCAGGAUGUGAAUUGGGAUGCGAAGUGGCUGAUAAAUAAAGAGCAUGAGUUUUGCAUUGAAAUUCCUCAAAACUCCAAUUGGGACAACAAAGGGUUGGCUCUCUGUAUUCAAUUGAGUUCUCUUCGGGCCACUCUUUUUGUUUACAUCAAUGGAAUAAAGUUUGAUGAGAAAUCCAUGUCUGACGAUGUGUGGGUGCAUUACAUUCCAUUCGUUACAGUAAUAAGGAGGUUGAGUGAGUGUGGGAUGCCACCACCUGAUAUGUUUCGAGUUAUGUUUCGUACUGAAAACAUUGCUGUAUACUUAGGAAAGCCUUUGUGGGGAAGCUGGGGAGUCCACCUGAUCGAAGAUUUGGAAGGAGAAGGUAUAUGCUGAUUCUGCUGCCACUGAGGAUGACGUUGACACACCCAAGGUACAAAACACUUACCUCGGACGAAGUACUCCUUUGAAAACAUGAUGCUCGAUCAUCAUCAUACAAUGUUAAGGAGUUCAAUCUAGAGGAAAUGAUUGAGUGAGUCUUUGGAAUCAAACCUGUAGAGCAUGAUCAGUGGACUUGAUAAGACCUACAACGAGGGUCUAUAUGUCUGAAUUCCUUGUCUGUUCCAGAGCAGUAAAGAUGCACACAUUGAUCAAUGUUCCAAAAAUAAAAGGACAGGUAAAACUCCUUAUGCAAUGGCUUUAUUAAGUUGAGUUGCGACGGAACUAGAUGCUCCAGAUAUAGCUGAUACAAUAGGGCAAGUGGACUAUGUACUUCAUUAGCAUGGAAGGUUGGACCUACCUUGGAUUUCAUUCAUUUUACCAUGGCUAGUCAAACACGCCUCAAGAGGGUUUUGGUCUCUUUGCAGCUUUGGUGGCAUAAUGAAUCCCGGUCAAUUGUCACUAUCCCAUUUGCGGGUAUAAUGCAUUUUGUUUCACUAGUUUACUUCCAAUCCAGGUUGUGCAGACCUUCUGUGAAGUUCUUGAUGAAUAUUCUGAUUAAUUUGAGAGGAAAACAGCGUUUGGGCCUCCUAAGAAAAAGGCAAUACUUGCCUGUUGCAAGUUUGAGUCAUCCUUGAUAAAAAGGUUCAAAGGGGUAAAAGAGUUGAGGAAAACAGCAUUUGGGCUUCUUAAAAAUGUCUGCCCAGAUUGAGGAGGACACUGAUGCGGAAGAGCUGGAGGCGGGUGGAAGCAUUUCACCAAAAACUUAUAUUGGAACAACAUGGUGAUCAAUCAACAUAUAUAAGUUGCUGAGAUUUUAAUGGCCCAGCAAGUGUGGGAUGAUAUGCUCAACUUGAGGAAGGAAUUUGUUUGUUCAACUAUGGUACAGAUUUCUGCUUCCAUUUGACUACUUUUAAACUUCUCUGUUUAUUUUGUAGACAGACUGAUCUAAUCAGUGGGAUGCCAAACUGAUCGAGAUUUAAUUAGUUUAGUACUGGGUUCUACUCUACACUCAUUUUUGCAACUCUUGAUAUUUGGAAAGGUGAAAAUCAGCAAUGUUGUCCUCUAAAGGGAAGCUAAGAUGAAUCUAGAGGACUGGUGGAGACAAUAAUGAGUCACUGAGUUUAGUUAACUUGUUUUUCUAUAAGUGACUACUGCAGACAAUCUUUGCAAUAUGUAUUAAAGGUUGGUCUUAUGGGAUUUGAACUUUUGAAGGUGCUGUCUCCUAAUUACAUGCGCGCAAUGAUCUAUGUAGAAUGCAUUGUAAAGGUUCGUCUUGUGGGAUUUGAACUUUGAAGGUGCUGUCUCCUAAUUACACGUGUGCAAUAAUCUAUGUAGAAUGCAUUGUAAAGUGCUUUCAAGAAGAUUUUGGAUUCUUGGUAGCAGCCUUGCAUGGUGUAUUACAUCCCUACUUUUUCGGUCAGUUCUCAGCAUUACCAGAAGCAGUCUGGAAAUGGCAACAUGGAUUCUGCAUUGUACAUCUGCAUACCAAUGCAAUCAUUUUGAUUUUGCACAGCUCAUGUCUUAGAGAGAUCAUGAUCCUACCUCUGCAGUAGGAAUACAAAACCCACACGACUACUUUAAAUACUCAAGUAGCCCAAACCGCCAACACAAAUUGUCCCAACGGGUGCAAGGUUAACGUUGACAGAGUACUGCUGCUCUGUCUCUGGAAGAAUUGGUGCAGGAGAAUAUUAAGAAGGAUUUUAGCAACUGGAUCAAAUUAAGGUUUUUCUGUAAGCAUUGCUCUUGAUACAAUCAUGAAAGCUGAAGUCUGGGGUUUGUUCAAGGGUCUUCUUAUUCCAGCUUAGUUAAUCUGCAAAGAGCCUAUUCUGUGACACUGGCUCGGACAUCUCAAUGACUUAUAUAGCUACAAGGAAGUUAAUGAAACGGCAGAUAACUUGCCAAGCUCGAUUGCAUGAA